AUUUUUCCUCCCAUAUCGAAGAUAUCUUCCCCAAGACGCCCCCAAAACCCCCGGCUCAGGGUCUUAGUACUGCUACCGGACCAGCACCAGCAGCAAAAUUUUGCAAUUACCACAAGGAUAUAUACAUAGAUAGCUUGCUUCAUUCCGCAUUCAUCAACAUCAAUCUCUCUCUGUGCUGUCCUUGACAGCAAAUGGGAAGCUGUUUCUCCAGCAGCAGCAGCAGCGGCGUCGCUGCAGCAGCAUCACUUGCACGCCACCACAAAUCCAAUUCUACGCCUCCUGCUUACGUUGUCUCAGUCAAUGGGGACCUGCGCCACUACUCUACUCCCAUAACUGCGUCUCAAGUUCUAGACUCAGAAACCUCCUCCUCCUCCUCCUCCUCCUCCUCUACUAGUAGCAUUACCAGUCCUACCUCCUCCUCCUCUGCAACACUAUUCUUCCUCUGCAAUUCCGACUCCCUGUACUUUGACCAGUUUAUUCCUGCCCUCCGUCCUAAAGACCAACUCGACCCUUCUCAGAUCUACUUCCUCCUCCCCCUCUCCAAGCUCCGCUACAAGUUAUCUGCCUCCGACAUGGCUGCUCUCGCCGUCAAGGCUACCCUCGCCCUUCAGACUGCCACUACUAGUAUCCUCCUUAAACCUACUAAUAAUCCUCCUCCUCCUCCAACUACAAGAAGCACCCGCAACCACAAGCACAAGCGCAACCCAUCUCGAAUUUCUCCUCUGCUUCUGGUACGACACCAACACGAAGAUGAUCAUGCUCAGCCUCCCCCGCCACUACUCCAGCACAUUAAUAAUCAUACUCGUAACAAACACCAAACACUCUUGUCCUCCACACCCCGCCCGACGGUACUCCAAAGAUUGUCUUCCCGGCGGGCUAAGAUGGCUGUACGUUCCUUUAGGAUCAGGCUAACCACCAUCUCCGAAGGAUCUGUUCUCCUUUUCAACCCUUAAAUUAAUAUCAUCAUUAUUAUAUUUGUUCAUUUUUUUAAUCAAUUGGGUCCCUUCAUUAGGAGACCAAUUGAUUAAUGUCCCAUCCUGUGCAUGCAUCCAGGCCCUGCCAGCCGGACCGCUCCGCCACAAUAUUUGAACCCAUUUGUAGUGCUAUUCAUUUUUUAGAGUUGCAGCAGAAAAAAAUGUAUGCAAGUAAAGAAGCGAGUGAAAAAUGUAUUUGCUAAAAAAUUUCUUUAGCAAUCAAUAAUGCAAACAACGUGAAUUUUCUUCA